GUGAAGUGUAACGCAGUUCUCACAAGGGAGAAGAAGAGCAUCUCGUUUCUAAAGCUCAGGACUAGAGUUUAACAUUCUUUUAAAAUGCAGAAGGGCUCGUUUUCUCUCACCACAUCUGUUCGGAUUUUCUAUGCGCGACUCCUCGGAUUUUGUUUCCUGUACUUCUCACAAGUUGCAGGUACAAAAGCUGAAUGUCCUGUUCAGCUCAACCAGAAGAGUGUUGUUGUGAGAUACGGCGGUUCUGUAGCAGUUAACUGUAGCGCUUCAGUCCCACAUAAAGGGAUGGGAUGGGAAGCCAGUGAGGGAGCAGUGCCCAUGACCACAGACAGUCUGAUCACAUGGAAUGUGUCAAAUCUGAUUGAAUGGGACAUACAGCCAUUCUGCUUCAUAAACCAUGAGGAACAGUGUCAAGUAGAGCUCCCAGUCACUAUUUACAAGACUCCAGACAGUGUGUCCAUCAGCAUUGUGGAUCACAGCGGACCAAUGAUAGAGGGAAAGCAGUAUGAGCUCCAGUGUGAUGUUCACGAUGUGGCUCCUGUUCAGUAUCUCACUGUCAAAUGGUACAAAGGACAGACUCUGCUGAAUCAAACCACCUUCACUGACGCUAGCAAGACUCCAGUGAAUGAAACCACCACACUCCUGAUCCGUCCAGACAGAGCUGAUGAUGGAGCUCAAUACAGGUGUGAAGCAGUGCUGGAACUGGGAGCAGAAGGACCUCAACCUCCUCCAAAAGAAAUAUCAGACCCUUUCAAUAUCACUGUAUAUUUUAAACCGAUCAUCAAUGAGACCAAACUGCCCUCCAUAGUGCCUGUGUUUCGAGGGUAUCCAGAGGUGCUUGUUUGUGAAGCCGAGGGAAACCCAAAACCAACAAUCAGCUGGAGCCUCGGCGCAAAUGUUAUAGUAUAUAAUGAAACUCUUACUAUAUCAGAGUCAACACCUGAGUAUGUGUACUGCGAUGCAAACAAUUCUGCUGGCAGGACCAUCAGACAAGUAAACGUGUACAUACAAGAUAUUUCCAUCAGCACUGUGAAUCACAGAGGACCAAUGAUAGCUGGCGAGUGGUAUGAGCUCCAGUGCUUCAUUCGGAAUGUGGCUUCUUUUAAGAUUGUUGAUGUGAGAUGGUACAAACUGAAUCAAAUCAACGUCACUGACACCAUCAAGACUCCAGCCAAUUUAACAUAUAAAGUCCCGAUCUGCCCAGACAGAGCUGAUGAUGGAGCUCAAUUCUGGUGUGAAGCAGAAGGACCUCAACGUUCAACAGUGUCAUCAGAACAUCUCAGCAUUACUGUACAUUUUAAACCGAUCAUCAAUGAGACCAAACUGCCCUCCAUAGUGCCUGUGUUUCGAGGGUAUCCAGAGGUGCUUGUUUGUGAAGCCGAGGGAAACCCAAAACCAACAAUCAGCUGGAGCCUCGGCGCAAAUGUUAUAGUAUAUAAUGAAACUCUUACUAUAUCAGAGUCAACACCUGAGUAUGUGUACUGCGAUGCAAACAAUUCUGCUGGCAGGACCAUCAGACAAAUAAAAGUUGUAUUAAAAGAGGAUUACCUGCCCUUAAUAAAAUUGACCAAUUCAUUAAAAAUGAUGUAA